GAGAUUUGAGAUAGUUGAAAGUUGAAACUUGAAACAGGUUAUAUUGUUCGUUUUCAAAAAAUGUUUUGUUUUCUAUUGAAAUCUCGGAGAUUGAAAUAAUUUUUUGUGACUACAUAAUACUUUUAGUAGCAAGCGUAUACGAAAGCUUAAAAUGUCGUUUGGUUUCGGAACACCAUCAAGCGCUCCAGCGACUGGGUUAAGCAGCGGGUUCAGUUUUGGCGCUAACAAACCAGCUACACCCAGUUUUGGUUUGGGUACCCCAGCCGCCAAUGCUCCAGUAUUUGGUACAGCAACCCCAACAUUUGGAUCAACACCAACAUUUGGAGCCACAUCAGCAGCCUCAGCUUUUGGAUCGACACCAACCCCUGCAUUCGGGGCUAGCUCUACUCCAGCUUUUGGGGCAUCUAGUGCAACACCAGCAUUUGGAGCAACUUCUGCUGCACCAACAUUUGGUGCCACUCCAGCUUUUGGGGCUGCAUCCUCAGUUCCUGCAUUUGGAGCGACUGCUACCCCAGCAUUUGGCGCUAGUUCGGCAGCCCCUACAUUUGGGACAACUUCUGCAGCACCUGCAUUCGGGGCAACUGCUGCAGCACCUGCAUUUGGUGCCACAUCUACAGCACCAACCUUUGGUACUACUUCUACUGCGCUGACAUUUGGUGCUACUUCAGCAGCCCCAGCCUUCGGUGCUACUUCUGCAGCACCAACUUUUGGCGCUACUUCUUCAGCGCCAGCUUUUGGCGCUCCUUCUGUGGCAGCUUUUGGCGCUACUUCUGUGGCGCCAACCUUUGCCGCUACUUCUACAGCACCAACUUUUGGCGCUACUUCUGCAGUGCCAGCUUUUGGCGCUACUUCUGCAGCGCCAGCGUUUGGUAGUACAUCUACAGCUCCAACAUUUGGAGUUACUGCAACUCCAGCUUUCGGUGCAACAACCUCAUCACUUGGAACAGGAUUGGGUACUGGACUUAGCUUUGGUGCUACAACUACAGCAUCAUCAGGGUUAUCAUUUGGUACUACUACCACUACAAGUUCAGGAUUGGGCGGACUUGGUGGUUUCGGUUUUGGUUCAACAACCACGUCACAGGCAGGCUUGGGGACCUCAACCACUACCACUAGUGUGGCACCUAGUUUGGGCUUGGGUGGAGCAGUACCUACAUCAGGUGCUACAGGUUCUACUGAUGGUAAAAGCGAACCGCCAAAGCAGACGAAACUGCCAAACGAGAUCGCCACACCAGUCGAAUCGUUCAAGGAGUUUGUGAGGAAACAGAAGUCGCUCAGCUCGGAUAUCAUGAGGAUCUCUAUUAAACCGUUACAAAAGGUGGGACGUGAGGCAGAGUGUACCCUACGGGCGGCAUUGUCGCUACACAGUGAGACCGGUCGAUGCCGGGCGCAGUCAAAGCGGUUGCGGGGCGCGCACGCUGCCGCGCUAGCCGCUGUCGAAACCGCGUCUCGACCUCCAGGUUUGGACUUCGAAGGCGCGGUGCCCCCCUCCUACAUAAAGGAGCUGGUGUCGGAGCUGGAACAGCAGCUGAUAACAUUCCGGAGACAGAUGGAAGUGGCUGACAAACAGAUGCAGUCUUCGCCCAAACUCCUCACAGAACAAGAAGUGACCCUGGGCAUCCGUCGUAUGCACGAGUCGCUGGUGGCUCUAGCGGGGCGGCUACAAGGCGUCCACGCGGCGGUGGAGGCUCAGCACGAGCAGUACCUCAACCUGCGCAAGUACAUCCUCAAGGAGCCCGCACACGCAGCUGGCUCGAGUUUGGAUCAAAUGCUUCAAGACAGCACCAGAAAAAAGUCAAAGUCGCUUCAUCUGAACGAGUCGGGUCUCAACAGCGCCGUGCUUGCAGACCCUAGGGCUGCCUUAGGUAACGCGCAGCUGGCGGGACCCACGCCGUUCACAUACAUCGGAGGCACUAUGUCGCCGCUAACUUUGGCUGAUAAUACCGGAACGAACUGGCAAUCAACUCCCGCGAACACGACGCAGAAUACAAGUGCGUUCGGAGCGCAGACUGACAGCUUCCAACUACUGCGACCGCCGGGCAAGCGCGGGAAGCAAUGAUGGCGGCAUUAACACUCGCGGAGUGUUGCACAAUGAACUCUAUUACAAUUGAUUAAGAUUGAAACCUGCGUGACUCGGCAUGGGAUAUGUAAACUAUAUUCAAAACUACCCACAAAAAAUUAUAAAUUUGUGCAUCUGUUAUUUCAUCUAUUAACAAGUUUGUACAAGAUUACUUCUAUAAGUAAUGUCUAAUGUAAUGUGAAGGCAGGAACUGCGACAUGUAAAAUAAUUGUUUUAUUGUAUUAAACAUUUUCUAUCCAAAUGUAAUCCAAUUUUUAUGUAAAACGUAUUUUCUAUAGUUGAAUAAAUAUCCUUUCUAUCUCUAAA